CUGGGUUCUUCCGGUGAUGGUCUUUAUCCUCCCCUUAGUCCUCUCUUACAUCGCAUUAGUCUGGUUCAUUGUCCUUUGGGCUAUCUGGGUGCUGGGAUGCUGGACAGCGCGCAAAAGAUACAGACUGAGGCCAAGGUCGCCUACCUCCACCUCCACUCCUUCUGAUGUUCCAGGCGUAUCGAUCCUCAGGCCCCUCAAGGGCCUGGAUACCAACCUUUACGAAAAUCUCGAGUCUACUUUCACACAGGAAUAUCCCAAUUUUGAAAUCUUACUUUCCGUAGCCGACGAAAAUGACCAAGCACUUCGUGUCGCUCGUGAAUUGAUUGCGAAAUAUCCAAGGGUCAAUGCAAAGAUAGUUACUGGAGACGAAACUGUCGGUGUGAAUCCCAAAGUUAACAACCUGAUGCGUUCGUACCACCUCGCUGCCAACGAUAUUCUCUGGGUUAUAGACUCCAACGUUACCGCCCUGCCGGGUACACUCGCUCGUGCAGUCGAUGCGCUGCAGAGUUGUACACGCUCAGGCAAACGAAUCGGGCUUGUUCACCACGUCCCGUUCGCCUAUUCAACAGAGUCGAAGAUAGGUUCUCGCAUUGAAGAGGCAUUCCUCAAUACCAACCACGCCAAGAUGUACCUGGCUAUCAAUACGGUCGCGGUGGAGUCCUGCGUGGUUGGUAAAUCAAACCUCUAUCGGCGUUCCGACCUUGAUCGUGUGAACGGAUCGUUGCGACCCAUCAAAUCUGCUGAUACCACGAACAGACGACAGGAAGGCCUGUACGGUCUUCCCGCGUUCGGAAAGUUCAUGGCGGAAGACAACAUGAUUGCCAGUGCCUUUUGGCAUGAGCUGGGACUACGACACGAUCUGUCUUGCGACGUCGCACAUAACAUCGUUGGCAGUAUGUCCUUCAAUGACUACGUAUGGAGACGAGUGCGGUGGAUUCGUGUCCGGAAACAUAUGGUCCUCCUUGCUACCUUACUCGAACCCUUUACGGAAUCGAUUCUAUUGGCCGCCAUAGGCAGCUUUGCGGUGAACAACUUAUUUGGUUUCCCUCUUUGGAUCUUCAAUACGAUCCAUUUCUCGCUUUUGCUAUACGUCGAUCUGGACGUGUAUGUGUCGCUAGCUGGGCACCCCCUACCUGCAGCGAUACGGUGGCAGUUUCUGGCGGGAUGGGUAGCACGAGAAGUAUUGAGUUUUCCCAUUUUCUUUCUCGCGAUUUUUGGUGAUGAGGUGGUGUGGAGAGGGACAACAUACAGGAUGCGUCGAAAUGGAGAGGUCGAGCAUAUUAGACCGGGGGCAAAAGAGGGAAUACUUAUGCGUUGGAUCCAUUCGUUAAGGAAACCUCAAUAUGAGCGGCUUGACGCUGAAACACCUCCGGAAUAGAUCACAAAGUCCGUCCAUUAAUCUAGAUCAAUACAUUGUUAUAGGGUACAGGUCCUUUAAUUACACGAAAUGAUACAAGUAUAUUUACAGUAACGAG